AUGGCUAGCGUGAAUCUUUAUCAUGUGGUCGUUUUAUGGAGGAAAACAUGGAGCAUUGCAACCUAUCUAUUUGCAUCCAAGGAGGCUGAAGAGCAGGAUAGCCAGAACAAGAUGUCAACAGCGUUCAAGAUAAUCGUAGCAAUCGCACUACGUCAAGAUCACCGCGAAAUCACUGUGCUGGAGCAGUCUUCCUUGAAUCGCGAGAUCGGGGCAACUAUUUCGUUGCAACCCAAUGCUUCAAAAAUUGUUGAGAAACAAUGGGGACUGAAAGGUCUUCUGGAGGCCAAAGGAUCCAUGGUCGAUCGUGGAUUCCAAAUCUACAAUCUUGAUGGGCAACUCCAAAUGCGGCAGCCAUUGAAUACGACAGCCAAAUAUGGCUAUGAACGCAUCUGCUACCACAGGAUUGAUUUGCAUGAUGCGCUCAAAGCUCGCUGUCGAGAUACACAAUUCCCUGGUCGACCAGUUGACGUUCGGGUUUCCAGCAAAGUUGUGGCAUGCAACACUGAGACCGGGACAGUAACACUUGAGAGUGGUGAUAAGCUGUCGGCUGAUUUGAUUGUCGUUGCGGAUGGUAUCAAGAGCGUGGCGAGGGAAGCUAUUCUAGGCAACUCAGUUGAUCCCUUACCCACUGGACAUUCUGCUUACCGAAUUGUACUUCCGAUGGAGGAAUUAUCGAGUUCUAAGGCUUUCACCGACGUUCUGGAUCCAAGGGAAGCAUUCACAACGAUGGUAAUAGGCCACAACAAACGACUAAUAAUGGGUCCUGCAAGAAAUUCCAGCAUAUACAGCAUCGUGGCCAUGGUUCCAGAUGAAAGAAUGCACGAAUCAUCAGUAAACUCAUCAUGGAACACAAAGGCAGACCUCCCCAAAAUGCUUGCGACUUUCAAAGACUUCCCAGCAUGGGCGAAAGUCCCUCUAGAGCUUGCGAAAGAAGCAGGGCUGUGGCAACUGCGAGACAUUGAUCCACUUCCAACGUGGUACAAGGGUCGUGCAAUACUCAUUGGGGAUGCUGCGCACGCGAUGUUGCCUACCCAAGGUCAAGGUGCGAGCCAAAGCGUUGAGGAUGCAGAGGCACUUGGGGCAUAUUUUGCCGAUGUUCAUGGUCAACAAUCAGUCGAACAAAUUGAAACAAUCAACAAGCGUGUCUUUGACUGCAGGUACGAGAGAGCCACGCUCGUGCAGAGAUUCAGCAGACAGACGGCCAAGCCUGCGACCGAGCUGGGCAGCAAUACGAUCAAAAUGAACCCCAAUGAAUUCAUGCACUACAACUUCGACUAUGACGGUGCGUUGGAUUGGGUGAAAAGACGGAACUCACAGAGUCAAGGGGGUUCGGAAGUCAGGGAGGCUCGUCCCAGCAAUACUGUCAAGCAGUCUUUACAUACUCCAACGGUCGGACCUCAGCCCUUGACGGUAUCGUGA